GACCUUCUGGUUGACUACGAUAGGCAUUGUCUCGUUUCUCUCUCUAUAUAUUUCCGCCCCUUGACAUGCCUUUAUUCACCGCCGGGUUUAUUUAAUUUCUUUUGCAAUUAUCUCUUCUUCUGCCUCUCUGCCUCUGUUGGCUUCGUUCUGUAGUUUUCUUUGCGAGUUCUAGUGCGGAUUUCUCAACCUAUAAAUAUGAAGAAAGUAGUGUUGAAAUUGGAGCUACACGAUGACAAAGAGAAGAAAAAAGCUAUGAAGAAAGUUUCUGGACUUUCAGGAAUCGAAUCGAUCUCCCUGGACAUGAAGGACAAGAAAUUGACAGUAACAGGGGACGUUGAUCCAGUACACAUAGUAGGCAAAUUGAGAAAGCUCUGCCACACAGAAAUAGUUUCUGUAGGACCAGCAAAAGAGCCUGAAAAGAAGAAGGAAGAGCCCAAGAAAGAGGAGCCAAAGAAGAAGGAAGAGCCAAAGAAAGAGACGAAAGAGAAAGACGACGUCGCUGAGCUUAUUAAGGCUUACAGGGCCUAUAAUCCUCACAUGACAACCUACUAUUAUGCUCGAAGUGUAGAAGAAGAUCCUAAUGCCUGUGUCAUUUGCUAGGUAGGUCUCGCAAGAACUGAGAGAAGAAAUAAAUGGAAAAAAGAAAAGAAAAAUCAUGUCUUUAUUUGUUGGUUAUCUUAAAUUUGGAUCAUAUUAGUAUCUAGAUGGUACUUUUUCUGUACAGUAGAUGAUGUUGGGAUUUUCAACUUUAUGUUUGUUGGCUUUUUUUUUUUCUUUGCCUUUGAUGUAUCAAAUUUUGGCAGUGAUUUUUCAUUAAUGGGUACUUUCCAAGUUUUUUCA